GCGCGGGGCUUCGUCUAUCCAGCGGGUAGCUUUUCUCGUCCCCAAACCGGGCGCACAUUUUACCCACGCUCAAGUCGUUUUACCGGACUUCUGGUGUCGGCAACAUUAACAAACAAUUGAGGACAAGAAAAUUGGACUACGAGAGAAAGAGAGCGAUGCCAUCUUCUGUCGAGACCUCAUUCCAGUUGCGAAAGGAGCAGGAUGAAUUUAGUGUUCUCACGAUUCUUGGCAUACCUUCACAUCGGGUUCCAAGUCGUUCUCCAUACGUUUAUCUACCCCAGUCAUCUCCAUCCGCAACCCUGCCACAUCCUGGCACGCAUAGGACACACCGUGCGCUUGGGCGCGCUUUUGCCGACUCGUCAGCCGUCCAGGAUACAGUCUGCCCUGAACCGCGCCCUCGUCCACCUCCGGCAAACUGGAAACAACUUUUUACCCUAUAACCUGAGCUUGGAGGUCUUGUCUCGGGAGCCUCAAAACGGAGACCCCGAAUCCCUUUUCAGAUGUGUCUGCCAGGACAUAGUCGUGCAGGGAGUCUCUGCCGUUCUCGCUUUUCCCCAGACCCAGGAAGAGCUCAUACAAGUGGAGUUUAUGUCCACAUUUUUGGAAAUACCAUUCAUCAGUAUUAUUGAACAAGGAGAGCCACUAAGAACUGAGAACCGGUUCCACGUGCAGAUGCUGAUGCGGGUGCCUCCGUCGGGGCUGGCAGAGCUGCUGGUGUCCGUGCUGCAGCGGGGGGGUUGGCGUGGGAGCACAGCCGUGCUGUGUCCAGGCUGGGAGGCCAGCGGCGUGCUACAGACGCUGGAGCAGGACCAGGAGCAGGCCGAGGGCCCGGACACGGGAGUGGGCCGAGGGAGGCGGUGGGCACGCUGGCACCUGUGGGAGCCCCUUGACCUGUCAGGCCCCGCGGGUGACGAGGGGUCGCGGAGCGAGGAGGAGGUGCUGGCGCUGGUGGAGCAGCACCUGAGCCAGGCGCCAUCACCACUGGCCACCUCCGUGCUGCUGUUGGGCUCCGAGCCGCAGUGCAUGUCCGCCGUGUUGACCGCCGCACACCGACUCAGCCUUGCCCAGGCCCCCCUCUCCGCAACGACCGCGUCCGCCACGCACUGGAUCAUGGGAUGCCCUCUGGCCCUGGACGCGCUGCAGUCCAUCGGCUCUCCCCAGGGCCUGCUGGCGUACGGCGAGGUCAACCGCAAGCCCCUCAGCUUCUACAUCCGCGACGCGCUGCAGCUCAUCGGCCAGGCGGUGACCAACGCCACUCUGGUGCGGCCUGACCUGGCGCUCAUCCAGCACAUGGUCAACUGCUACGACAAGCCCAACAAGCACGAGCUGCCCUCAUCUGGCCAGUACCUCGCCAGGUUCCUGUCCAACACGUCGUUCAGCGGCGCCACGGGCCCCGUGGAGGUGGACCGGGCCCUGUCCCGCAUACUGCCCGCCCAGCGGUUCCAUGUGUGGAGCCUGCAGCGCGACGCCGUGGGCCAGCCCUCCUGGGUUACGGUGGCGCAGUGGCAGGGCGGGCAGCUGCGGGUGGACGAGCAGGGCCUGUGGCCGGGUGGCGGCAGGAGGCCGCAGGAGAGCGGCGGGGGGUCCGGCGUCCGGCCCAGGGGCAGGUGGAGGGCAGGCCUGCCGGUGGCCGGGAGCCGCGUGCGGGUGGUGACGCUGGUCGAGCACCCUUUUGUGUUCACGCGGGAGGUGGACGACGAGGGACAGUGCCCCGCCGGACAGCUGUGCCUGGACCCCCACACCAACAGCUCGGACCUGCUCAACAUCAUGUUCCGCGAGCUGGCCCAGGCCAACAGCAGCGGCGGCGGUGGUGGGCCCACUGGAGGUGUCGGCGGUAGCGCUGGUGGACCCUCCCUGACCUCCGACUACCGCAAGUGCUGCUACGGCUACUGCAUCGACUUGCUAGAGAAGCUUGCCGAGGACAUGAACUUCGAGUUCGACCUCUACAUCGUGGGCGACGGCAAGUAUGGCGCCAGGAAGGGCGGCGACUGGACGGGCCUGGUGGGCGACCUCCUGAACGGCGUGGCCGACAUGGCCGUCACCUCCUUCAGCAUCAACUCGGCGCGCAGCCGUGUCAUCGACUUCACCAGCCCCUUCUUCUCCACCAGCCUGGGCAUCCUGGUGCGCAGCAAGGACACGGCCGCACCCAUCGGCGCCUUCAUGUGGCCACUGCACUGGUCCAUGUGGGUGGGCAUCUUCGUGGCGCUGCACAUCACCGCACUCUUCCUCACGCUCUACGAGUGGAACAGCCCCUUCGGCAUGACGCCGCAUGGGCGAAACCGCCGCCGGGUCUUCUCCUACUCGUCGGCGCUCAACCUGUGCUACGCCAUCCUGUUCGGCCGCGUCGUGGCCAGCAAGACGCCCAAGUGCUGGACAGGACGCUUCCUCAUGAACCUGUGGGCCAUCUUCUGCCUGCUGGUGCUGUCCAGCUACACGGCCAACCUGGCCGCCGUCAUGGUCGGCGAGAAGACCUUCGAGGAAGUCUCCGGGAUUCACGACGCAAAGCUCCAUCACCCGUCUCUGGGGUUCCGCUUCGGGACGGUACGGGAGAGCAGCGCGGAGGACUACAUGAAGAAGAGCUUCCCCGAGAUGCACGAGUACAUGCGGCGUUUCAAUAUGCCCACCACGCCCGACGGAGUGGCUACACUCAAGACAGAUCCUCCUCAGCUGGAUGCCUUCAUCAUGGACAAGGCUCUUCUGGAUUACGAAGUGUCCAUCGACGCCGACUGCAAACUGCUCACGGUGGGCAAGCCAUUCGCUAUUGAAGGCUACGGGAUUGGCCUGCCCCAGAACUCUCCUCUGACCCGCAAUGUCUCCGAGUAUGUCAGCCGCUACAAGUCUGACGGCUACAUGGACAUGCUGCACGACAAGUGGUACAAAGUAGUCCCAUGUGGGAAGAGGGUCUUCGCUGUGACAGAGACGCUGCAGAUGGGUAUCCAGCACUUCUCGGGGCUGUUUGUGCUGCUGUGUGUGGGGGUGGCGGGGGCCCUGCUCACUCUGGCCGGGGAGCACACCUUCUACCGGCUCGUCCUGCCGCACCUCCGACAGCACCAGCGCUUCAAGUACUGGCUGCACACCAGUCAGAAGAUCCACCGUGCUUUGAAUAUGGCCUGUGAGGAGGAGGGGAGACAUCAGGCCACUCCAGACAGAAGUCCGACCUUAUGUCUGUCAGAAAGCUGCAACAUCCACCGGCUGCAGCCCCCAUCUCCCUGCCCAGAGCCCUCCUCCACGGCCACCUCGGCCAGCAGCACCACCACCACCAUGGCCUGGAACAACCAGAGUGCUCGGGCGUCCCGCGAGUCCGGCAAGGACCACAGCAAGCGGGUCCACUUCAACCUGGAGACCCUCAACACGUACCGGCUGCAGGCUCCGCCGGCGGGUCCAGAGCGCGGUCUCCGGCGCGGGCUGGUGGGCAGCCCCCCCACGCAGCUGUGCGAGAACGGCGGUCCGGCCACGCUGAGCCUGGUGCUGUCCCCGCCGUCCUGCUCCUCCUCUUCGUUAGCGGGGUCCACCUCCUCGCAGUGGGAGGGCGAGCUGCAGGAGCUCCAGGGGCGGAUCGAGGAGUUCCGCGGGCAGCUGCGGGCGGCCCUGGCGCGGAGGGCCGAGCUGCAGAACAGCCUGGAGCGGGAGAAGGCGUCGUGCAGGGUGCGCGCCGUCGUGGAGUCCGCCACCGCCGAUCGGCCGCUCCCGGCAGCUGCCACCACCAUCUCCACCACGGCCACCACUGGCCCAGUCAGAGACAAGGACACCAACCUGAGGAGGUGAUGUAUGGGGUGUGGUGUGCCAAGGAGACAGAGGGGAGGGUGGCAUGGUGGCAUGGUGAACAGGGUGCCCAGCUGUUAUCUUUUUCCCAAUUUUGGGCCACAAUGAAAUGGAUGGGGCAGAUAGAGGAACAACACCCUGUUAUGUUUUUACAGAUAGAACGCCUGACAGAUGGAUUAAAGUGAGUUUUCUUUGGCCAAUACUUUGGACUUGAGUUUGGCUUUGAGUAUUGUAGACACUGGACCAAGACACACUGAGGAUAGAACAUUCUUCACUACAAAUCAAAUGCUUUUUUUCUAGAGGUGGUCCAUUUUUUUCACCCACUUGUCUGUAAAUAUGAUAAGGUGAUGCAUACUCGUCUGUAAGAAUGGCUGGUUGUAACAGAAGUACAGUAUUUGACCCACAAUCUGUUGACAGACGGCUAAAUGACUCGCUAUCUCUGUGAACUGAAAUAUUAUUGGUUUUCCCAUUAAUGCAUUUCAAAAUAAAUUUGGUUUACACUUG